GUUUUCGACUGCUGAGGGUAUCCCGUUGCUAGGGGCGUAGCCAAGGAGGGGCUGUGAGGAGGGGCUCACUUCCGGGAGGAAGGCAAUUAGUAACCCGGAAGCGGUCAGCAGUGCGGCGCUGUUUAAAGAUGGCGGCGGAGGAACCUCAGCAGCAGAAGCAGGAGCAACUGGGCAGUGACUCCGAAGGUGUUAACUGUCUGGCUUAUGAUGAAGCUAUCAUGGCUCAGCAGGACCGAAUUCAGCAAGAGAUUGCUGUGCAGAAUCCUCUGGUGUCGGAGCGGCUGGAGCUGUCGGUCCUGUACAAGGAGUAUGCCGAGGACGACAACAUCUAUCAACAGAAGAUCAAGGACCUCCACAAAAAGUACUCAUACAUCCGGAAGACCAGGCCUGAUGGAAACUGCUUCUAUCGUGCUUUUGGAUUCUCCCACUUGGAGGCGCUGCUGGAUGACAGCAAGGAGUUGCAGCGGUUCAAGGCUGUGUCUGCCAAGAGCAAAGAGGACUUGGUGUCCCAGGGCUUCACUGAGUUCACCAUUGAGGAUUUCCACAACACGUUCAUGGACCUGAUCGAACAGGUGGAGAAGCAGACCUCUGUAGCCGACCUGCUGGCGUCCUUCAAUGACCAGAGCACCUCGGACUACCUGGUGGUGUACCUGCGGCUGCUCACCUCGGGCUACUUGCAGCGUGAGAGCAAGUUCUUCGAGCACUUCAUAGAGGGCGGGCGGACUGUCAAGGAGUUCUGUCAGCAGGAGGUGGAGCCCAUGUGCAAGGAGAGUGACCACAUUCACAUCAUCGCGCUGGCCCAGGCCCUCAGUGUGUCCAUCCAGGUGGAGUACAUGGACCGAGGCGAGGGUGGCACCACCAACCCGCACGUCUUCCCUGAGGGCUCCGAGCCCAAGGUCUACCUUCUCUACCGGCCGGGACACUACGAUAUCCUCUACAAAUAAGGCUGGCCGGCCACUGCCGCCUCCCCGCCUGCCUCCCCUCUGCCAGGCGCUAGACAUGUACAGAGGUUUUUGUGGUUGUAAAUGGUCAUAUUCACUCCCCCUUUCCUGUCACAUAACCUUCCAUGUUUUAUUAAAGGGGAAGCUGGUGGUGAGCUGUGUGUGUCCGUUUCCCUGCUCUGCUGCUGACUGCCUGCUGGCUGCUGUGUGUCUGGCUGCCCCCUCCCCCCUGGAGACUCCCCCCAGUUUUCUACCUGUCCCAGGCUCUCCUAGCAGGAGCAGUUUUGAGCAUACUGGGCCACUUGGGGAACCCAUCCUGAGACCUGGGGUUCUUCCUUUAAGGCCUUCCCCUGCCCUCAGUGGGCCCAGGGCUUCCAUGGAAAUUGUGGAAAUUCUCUGGGGACUUGCCCAGGGUCCCUGGCUCCCCCUAUCUGUGGUCCCCCCAUAGGCCUACUUCUGCCCAGCUGUCCUGGCCAUGCCCUAACCCCUAGCUUCCUGCCCCCAGCAGGGGUCUGCAUGGGGAGUCCUGGGAGGACUGGGCUUGUGGGAUGGGGCUGGCUUAGGGCAGGAGGGGAGCUGGGCACUGACUGUGUGCCCAGGUGGUGCCACCAGGGUGUGGGAGGGGUAGCUUUUGUCCUCAGGUCUAGGCAGAGUGCACCAGUUCUCAUUCUUCCCCUGGCCGAGGCCCCUGCCUGUGCCUGCUUGGGACCCCCCUUUGCUUGGGCCACCUUGUCUCCUCCAACUGGCAUUUGCCUUCACCUCUUUCCUCCCCCACCCCAGCACAUGCGGGGCUCCUGUGCUCCUUGGGGGCAGGCCCUCAAUAAAUGUGAAGUGCUGCCGCUGC